AUGAGUGAAAUUCAUUCUUUUGGCGUAGAGCCAAUCACCAGUCACGCAUUCAAUGCAUCGAAAGACAAAUUGGCCAUCUCGCCUAAUAAUAAUGAGGUGCACAUUUACCAUAAACAAAAUGGCAAGUGGUCGCUCAACUCUACGCUCAGUCAACAUGACCUACGUGUGACCAGCAUAGAUUGGGCGAAGAAUACAAAUCGUAUUGUCACCUGCUCAGCGGAUCGAAAUGCCUACGUCUGGUCGUUAAUAGACGGGACAUGGAAGCCGACGCUUGUACUGCUGCGCAUCAAUCGAGCCGCCACCUGUGUACGCUGGUCUCCGAGGGAGGACAAGUUUGCCGUGGGUUGUGGCGCGAAGCUCAUCUCGGUGUGUUACUUUGAGGAGCAGAAUGACUGGUGGGUGAGCAAGCACGUGAAGAAGCCAAUCCGCUCAACGGUGACCAGCAUUGACUGGCACCCAAAUAACAUUCUCCUCGCCUGCGGCUCAACGGACUUUCGAGCUCGCAUCUUCAGCGCCUACAUCAAAGAGGUGGACAAGAAGAACAAGGAGGAGGGCAACACUUCGUGGGGCGGCAAAAUUGAAACUUCCGGCUCGUUGAUUGCCGAAUUUCCCUCUUCUCAGGGCGGAGGUGGAUGGGUUCACAGUGUUGCCUUCUCUCCUGACGGAACCCGACUGGCUUGGGUGUCGCACGAUUCCAGUAUUUCCAUAGUCGACUCGAGAAAGAGCAUGCACCCAAUCAAUGUACGGACCAGGUUUCUGCCCUUUUUGUCCUGCAUUUGGUCGUCCAACAAUCUCGUUAUUGCUGCGGGCCAUGACUGUUGUCCAAUGUUAUAUUACUACGAUGACUAUAGCGGCGAAAUUCGGUUUAUUGAUAAAGUUGACAAGUCACAAAAGAAAGAAACGGACGGAUUUAGUGCUAUGCGAAAGUUCCGUGAUUUGGACAAGCGAGCUAUUGUGGAGAGCACAGUUUCAAACACUGCGCUGGACACGAUUCACCAAAACACCAUCUCGGAGAUUAGAUUGUUUGAUCAGAAACAGGCAAAGGCAGACAAGAUUACUUCAGUCGGCGUAGAUGGCCAAAUGGUGAUCUGGGAUUUGAAGCUUGUCAUACGGAUCAUGGAGGCUGAUUUAGUUUACAGUGAUCUCGAUGAGGACUCUUUCCAAGCCAUAUUGGUCGUCAGUGCCAGUGCUGAGCUCACUUCUGAUGAGUGGCUGAAGCAAAUCUUCGACAACACUCCACUGAAAAGGUCGGUGAAGGUGCUGAAGUUUGAUGUGGAGCCGUUCUGUAGCAGUCUGCAGUGCAAUAGCACCGAGCUGGAGAACAAGUACUACACCACCCAGAUCUAUCUAGUCUCGCUGGAGGAUGUAGUGAACUUUCCGGAGGCUUUCUACGACUUCUUCCACGGUGUGCUUCUCUACUUUGACAACAACGAGGCGAAUGGCCUGAAGGAUGUGGACAAGUGGGUUGACUACAUUGACAUGAUGGAAAACUGCACCAUCAAGAUUCUCGCCUGUGAUUCGGCCACGCCAACUAAUCUCAUCUCUCGAAUUAACGUUCACUCGUACUGUAUCGAGAAAGGUUUUGAGUUGGUGGAGUUGCACCCUGCAGUGGAACCGCCUCAUGAGGACGACUUGGAGGAUGACUUUAAAGAGUCCAAUAGCUUUGAGCGAAUUUACCAAGCAAUUCAAGCCUACGUAUGGCCCAAUUUGAACUACAAGCAAAAAGGUACCGACGUGUCAGAGUACAUCUCUCGAACCAAUGAUGCCAUGAUCAAGAAGUUUGGUCACAUCAACUUUGAGGAGUUGCCGCCUACUGAUGAGAACUCCCCCCAACCAAAGCGAAAGUCUGAAGAAGAUGCGAGCAAAUCAUCCGAUACGGCUACUGAAGCUGUCACCGAGCAGCAGGCAGAGUCCUUUGAGAGCCUUUUUGGACGGUUCUCUGAGAUUAAAGAAACAGCCUCCAAGUUGAAAGAUGACGAGCGUAAGCGGUACGCCGAGGAGGUGGCUAUGGCCUUCCUGGCAUCUGUCAGCGAUGACAAGGACGAGCUGUCUGGUUUCUCCAGUGAAGAAGAAGCCGAACCAAACCACGUCUACAUUUAA